CCGUAACCCAAGUUGUCACCACCAGAUGUCAUCCUCAUCUCUAACUCUCACUCUCACUCUUAGUUAUCGUUCAGUUACUCAACUUUCUACCUCUAUUUCUCCGAUUCAUAUCUUUUUUUAAUCUUUGGAAGCCAUGGGAGUCAGCAACAACAUAACAGCUUUCCUCAACUUCGUUGCCCUCCUCGCCUCCGUCCCCAUAAUCGGGGCCGGCAUCUGGCUUGCCUCUAAGCCCGACAACGAGUGUAUCCACUACUUCCGGUGGCCGGUGGUCAUCCUCGGCUUCCUCAUCCUCCUCGUCUCCUUGGCUGGCUUCAUCGGCGCCUACUGGAACCGUAAGGGCCUCCUUGCCUUGUACCUCUUCUGUAUGGCCGUCCUCAUCGCCCUCCUCCUCAUCCUCCUCGUCUUCGCCUUCAUCGUCACCCGCCCUGAUGGCAGCUACUCCGUCCCCAGCAGAGGGUACAGGGAGUACCGGCUCGACGGCUUCUCCGCCUGGCUCAGGGACCACGUUACCAACUCUGGGAACUGGGGGAAGAUUAGGACCUGUUUGGCCGAUUCCGACGUUUGUGCUAAGCUUAACCAGAAUUACAUCACCUCUGAUCAGUUUUUCGGCGCUCAUAUCUCUCCUCUUCAGUCAGGUUGUUGUAAACCUCCAACGGUUUGUGGCUACAAUUAUGUCAGCCCAACAAUGUGGUUAAACCCAGUGAAUCCAAUGGGUGACCCAGACUGCCUGUUGUGGAACAAUGACCAGAGUGUGCUGUGCUACAAUUGUAACUCAUGCAGGGCUGGUCUGUUGGGGAACCUGAGAAAAGAAUGGAGGAAAGCCAAUGUAGUUCUUAUUGUGGCAGUGGUGGUGCUGAUAUGGGUCUAUCUCAUUGCAUGCAGUGCCUUCAAGAAUGCCCAAACAGAGGACCUCUUCCGCCGCUACAAACAGGGUUGGAUUUGAUCUUGAUCCCGAACACAUCCCACUUCUCGCAUUGAUCUUUUAUCCCCGUUGUAUAUAUAUUCUUGUGUUGUUUUCCUUUCUAGAACAAACGAGACAGUUCAAGUUGAAGAAAGUUGGGUAAAGGUCUGUCAUCACUCUGAAGAUAAGAAUAGCAUCCCAAUAAUUAAAAGCAUUCCAAUAAGAUUAUUCUGGUUCA